CCGGGCACCUGGUGUGAGAGGACUGCCGCCUGAGGCCUCUGCUUUUGCGAUAAGUCUCUUCUUGUCCUAUGUGGUUCCACGCUACAUGGGCUUCCUAGAGGACACCCUGACCAAAUUUCCCACCCACAUCCUCCACCUGGUCCUAAGUUUCGAGCUGUCAAUUUGCGACGUAAUAGUCCCCGGACCCUCGUCGAAUUUAGGAUUAUAAUAAUCCCAGGGGCGGGGGAGGGAAGGGCUCAAGGUUGCUCAGUCGCGUACCAACGGAAUGGUGGGAGGCCAACAGAGUUAGGAAGGAAUCGCGUCUUGCGGGUAUCCAGCUCGGUCAGCACAGGCUGAGCUAUAUAUUGCUGUUGUCAGUUUUUAAGUAGGGCAGGGGUGGGCACCUAAGUGCUCCAGAGCCCCAAGAAGGUAGGAGUCGGCACGCUGGGGGUCGGAGCGAGUGUCAGUGUUUCCAGCCACCAAGGCGAAGUCCUUGGUGGCAGAGACAACUUGGAGCAGCACCAGAUCAUCGAUGUUAUUAUCGGGAAAGACGAAAAGGGCAGAAAGAUUCCAGAAUAUCUGAUACAUUUUAAUGGUUGGAACAGCAGCAGUUGGGAUAGAUGGGCGGCUGAAGAUCAUGUGCUACAUGAUACAGAUGAAAACCGAAGAUUACAGCGAAAAUUGGCCAAAAAGGCAAUAGCUCGCCUGAGAGGCACAGGAAAAAAGAAGAGGCGCUGUAGGUUGCCUGGUGUUGACUCUGUCUUAAAAAGUGUGCCAGUCAAAGAAAAAACUAAAAAUGACGAAAAUUCAAUAAGCAGCACCUGUCAUGAGAGCUGUGGAGAAAAGAAUGGAGGAAUAAAAGAACACCGACAACGCCGUAUUAAAGUAAAGACUAAAGGGAAGAAAAAGGUAUUGUCUCUGCGCUCAAGAAAGGAUAUGGAUGAGAGGACAAUCACUAUAGAGAUCCCUGAAGUUCUCAAGAAGCAGCUUGAGGAUGACUGUUACUAUAUCAACAGGAGAAAGCGGUUAGUGAAACUUCCAUGCCAGACCAACAUCAUAACAAUUUUGGAAUCCUAUGUGAAACAUUUUGCUAUUAAUGCAGCCUUUUCAGCCAACGAGAGGCCUCGUCACCAUCAUGCCAUGAUGCAUGCGCACAUGAAUGUUCACUAUGUCCCAGCAGAGAAGAAUGUUGACCUUUGUAAGGAGAUGGUGGAUGGAUUACGAAUAACUUUUGAUUAUACUCUCCCAUUGGUUUUGCUUUAUCCAUAUGAACAAACUCAAUAUAAAAGGGUGACAUCGUCAAAAUUCUUUCUUCCUAUUAAGGAAAGUACCACGACAACUAAUAGGAGUCAGGAGGAGCUGUCUCCUAGCCCACCUUUGUUGAAUCCAUCCACACCACAGUCUACAGAGAGUCAGCCACCUACUGGUGAACCAGCCACCCCCAAGAGGCGCAAAGCAGAGCCAGAGGCACUGCAGUCUCUCAGGAGGUCCACGCGGCACAGCACCAACUGUGACAGGCUGUCUGAAAGCAGCUCGUCACCUCAGCCGAAGCGCAGGCAACAGGACACAUCCACCAGCAUGCCGAAGCUGUUUCUGCACUUGGAAAAGAAGACACCUGUGCAUAGCAGAUCAUCUUCCCCCAUUCCUCUGACUCCAAGUAAGGAUGGGAGUGCUGUAUUCGCUGGCUUCGAAGGGAGAAGAACCAAUGAAAUCAAUGAGGUACUGUCUUGGAAACUUGUGCCUGACAAUUACCCACCAGGAGACCAGCCACCUCCCCCUUCAUACAUUUAUGGUGCACAGCAUUUGCUCAGAUUAUUUGUGAAACUUCCAGAAAUCCUUGGGAAGAUGUCCUUCUCUGAGAAGAAUCUGAAGGCUUUACUGAAGCACUUUGAUCUCUUUCUGAGGUUUUUAGCAGAAUACCAUGAUGACUUCUUCCCGGAGUCGGCUUAUGUUGCUGCCUGUGAGGCACACUACAGCACCAAGAACCCCAGGGCAAUUUAUUAAACUUUUGAUGGUUUUGAGAAAACAGCUGCACUAUGUGGCUUUCUAUUUUAGGUUCCAGGUGAAGUGUUAAUGAGAUGCUAGCCCUACCCUGGGGGUACUCUGACAGAAACAGGCUCUGUUUUUUUGAGUUCUUCACAUACUAUUAUUUCUGUUAAGAAUUACUUUCUGAGCUCAGCAUGGUGGUCCAUGUCUAUGGGGAGGGGGUCGGUUUAAUUAAUUAAUUAAUGGUUUUUAAAAACUGUAAUGAUGACUUCCUGGGUGCCUGAACGUAUUCCAAAGUAACACUGCUACACAAGCUCUGUGUGCCGGCAGGAUAAAAACAGCCAUAGCUGUCUUCAUAGGGAUACAUUCACGACUGUAUACUUAGGUUAAACAUGGUUCCAGUAGACAGCACCGUUGGUUGUUAGCAAGAGCCACAUGGUUUGAUUAUUUGUUAAUGUUAAACAAAGAUGGUUUUGAAAACUGUUUUCUGUUCAACAGAUCUUAGUCGGUGCUUGGAAGCCGCAAAGCACUCUCAAAGUAUUUCUGAGGGAAUUGAUAUUGAUGGCAAACGAGAACAUGCAGCUAUGCAUUGCUUGUAGCAGUUCCCUUUCUCAGAAACAUUAUUUUUGUUGCUCUAAAUAAAGCAUUGCCUGUCUUGUUUGAGAUUUUACAGCCAUACUCUGCUAUGUAAUGUUAUAGUUCCUUUUUCUAUGAAAUGUUAUUUUGGGUGAUCUAAAUAAAGCUUUGCCAGUUUUGUUUGAAAGAA